AUGAACACUCUCCUGCCAAGCUCGCAUGCUUAUUCUCGGUCACUCCCUACCUUCCCACAUUCUUCAAAAACCUUCAAUCCUCUUUUCAGAAACAGAAUAAAACAGCUUCAUUUCUAUCCUCUUGUUUUCGUGUUCUCCAACUCCAAGGUAUCUCCCUUGGUUGUCGCAUGUUGCUCCUCUGCACAAUCACCCAAUGGAUCCAACCCUUCUGACCAACCUCUUAUGAGCAACCAAACCUUACAUACUCAAGUCACAACCCCCAACACUCCUUCCUUUCUUUCGCCCCUCCCCAAGCUUAGCUCCUCUGACCAAGCCUUCUUUCUCCUCGCAUUCAUCGCCUCCACCACCUCAGUGGCAUUCACAAGUCUUGUUUUUGCUGCUGUUCCCACCCUAUUUGCGAUGAGAAAUGCUGCAAUAUCCCUUUCAAAACUGGCUGAUACAGCUCGGGAGGAGCUUCCUGGUACCAUGGCUGCUAUUAGACUUUCAGGGAUGGAAAUAAGUGAUCUAACUCUAGAAUUAAGUGAUCUAAGUCAGGAAAUAGCAGAUGGAGUCACCAAGUCAGCUCAAGCUUUGCAAGCAGCAGAAACCGGAAUCCGACAAAUUGGCUCGAUGGCACAACAACAAACCCUGUCCAUGAUCCAAGAGAGGGCAAGUUUGCCCGUAAUUUCUUUGCGACCUGCUGUUGCUGGAGCUGCUAGAAAGACUUCUAGAGCAGUUGGCCGAGCCACAAAGAGCUUAAUCAAUAUCAUUUCAGGAAGGCAAGACUCAACAGAACAGGAUGAGGACCGAACUUACAUGUAA